AUGUCGACAGAACCAAUUGAACAAGUGAAUCCGAUGAAAUCCGGCAAAGAUUAUGUAGAAUCAGUACAUAGCAUAUACAUUCUCAAUAGCUCAAGCGUGUCAGAGGAAAUGAUAAUUAUGACUGAUAAAAUGCUUCACGAGUUUGUUAUGCAGUUUCCAGAUUUAUAUAACCCCAACAAUAGAACUUGUAAUUUACACAGUUUGCUUCACCUACCACAAGUUGUUAGAGAUUUUGGACCUCUUUACACAACUUCAUGCUUCCCAUUUGAAAAUGCCAAUGGUAUUCUGAAGAGUUUGGUAAAAGGAAACACCUCUGCACAACUGCAAAUAUGUUCUGGAAUAUCUGCUUUCAUGAGUUUACCCCAGUUAAAGAAUAAAUUAAGAGCAGAAAGUGUGGCUGCCAAGUUUUGUCAGAUGAUAGAAAAAAACAGCAGAUAUAAAAUGCACCAAAUUACGGAUAAGUUUGUGCAAUUGUGGGCAAAUGUGAUGCGGUGCUACGCUACACUGAUCCCGGAUCCCGUCUUCUUCGGAGAUCAAAGGAGGCGGUCGGAGCAAAAAGCAAAGAAGCCGUGUGUGAUUAUUUGA